AUGUCAUCAAUGGACAAAAUCUUCGAAGGCUAUGCCACUCGAACAACCGCUCGCAAAGCCAGCAGCAAUACCUUCGCCAAGGGUAUCGCCUGGGUUGAAGGGGAGCUAGUCCCUAUAUACGAAGCUCGAAUCCCAUUAAUGGAUCAGGGCUUCUUACACGGUGACCUCACCUACGACGUACCCUCGAUCUGGGACGGGCGAUUCUUCCGUCUAGACGAUCAUCUAUCCAGACUCGAAGCUAGUUCCCAUAAGCUACGCAUGCGAAUCCCUCUCCAAAAGGAAAAAAUCAAGCGCAUACUUAACGAGAUGGCUGCGAAGUGCGAUAUCAAGGAUGCAUUCGUCGAGCUGGUCGUUACCCGUGGACUUACCGGCGUGCGUGGUUCUAACCCCGAACAACUUCGCAAGAAUACUUUGUACAUGUUUAUCCUGCCUUAUGUCUGGGUCAUGGAGCCGCAGGUACAACGCACCGGAGGCUCUGAUAUUGUCGCCCGUACGGUCAGAAGAACUCCAGUGGGAUCUAUGGACCCGACCGUUAAGAAUCUACAAUGGGGCGAUUUAACCCAGGGCAUGUUGGAGGCUGCUGAUCGAGGCGCUAUGCACCCAUUCUUGACAGACGGAGAUGGAAAUCUCACAGAAGGAUCUGGAUUCAAUAUCAUACUUGUGAACGAUGGGGUUUUGUUUACUCCCGAGCGCGGGGUUCUGGAGGGAGUGACCCGCAAAAGUGUGUUUGAAAUAGCACGAGCCAAUGGUAUCGAUGCCCGCGUGGAGUUUGUGCCUGUCGAGAUGUUGUAUCAUUGCGAUGAGCUGUUCAUGUGUACUACUGCUGGGGGGAUUAUGCCUAUUACCUCCUUGGAUGGGAAGCCUGUCAAGGAUGGAAAGAUAGGCCGGAUUACGAAGCGCAUCUGGGAUGAUUAUUGGGCGAUGCAUUAUGAUUCGAGAUAUAGCUAUGCUAUUGACUACGCUGGCUCUGGACUGCAGAGCUCGGGGACUGUGCGAGUCCAGAAGCUCUAG